CACAUGAUAUGCCAUUAUACAAGGUGUGGUUGACAAAGUUUAGUCUACGCUUUAGCCGUCAGUUUUGUUUUAUAUUCUAUUGAUAUUCAAAAUGUCUUGUGGGGRUUUAUCAGGGUCAAAACCAGCUGAUAGUGCGGUUCACGAUAUCUGCAAAAAGGUUAAGAGUGAUGUGGAAUCCAAAACCGGAAAGUCAUAUUCAACAUUUGAAGCAAAACAUUAUUGCUCUCAAGUAGUUGCAGGAACAAACUACUUCAUYAAGGUUGAUGUUGGUGGCUCAUUUGUCCAUAUCAGGGUUUAYGAGACUCUUCCUCAUGCUGGGAGCACACUUGAAGUCAGUGCUGUUCAAGUUGACAUGAAAGAAGAUGACCCAAUYGCCUACUUUUAAUAACAAAGAACCAAAAUUAUGGUGCAUUGUGGUCUAGCUUCAGUACAAACAAYGCCAUAWUUGGCAGCRUGAACAAAAGAUGUUUGUACUAAAUCUAGACCACAAUGUAAUGCAAACUGCGAUCUCAAAAAAGGCUUAUGGAAUAUUUUCAUCCUACAAACUGUAUUGUGACUUUAUAACUUUGUAUGCCAUUAUAAUGCCCUCGUGUUACUCUGAUGCUGUCAGACAACCUCAUGUAUAAUUAAAACAAUAAUUAAUCACAAGAUUGAUGUAUUUUGUAAGAAAGUACAUCACUUUUCAUGAAUACAUACAUGUAUACAAUAAAUGUUUUUAUUUAAUAAAAACUGCACUUUUUGAACAAAG